GCAGGAGUAUAUAUUGACAGCGAUGGGCGGAGGGUGGGCGUGCAACAAUGAAGUCCUCGGCUGUUUUCGUGCUUUUGGCAGUUGCCGUCUGGGGGAGCGACGGGGUGAUGGAGGCCGGAAGCCACGUGAAAACGGACGUGUGCACCCAUCCCUUCGUGGACAUCAACGGCCGCUGUUUGUUCAUCAACAACUUCGCCCAAAUGGACUGGGACGCGGCGCGCGCCUUCUGCGGCGGCUUCCAGGGCGACCUCGUCACGCUGGACGAAGCCAACCUGCUCGCUGAGAUCGUCGACUUCAUCAGCAAGGAAGGGCUGACUGAGCGCAGCUACUGGACCGGCGGGAGCGACCUAGCGUUGGAGGGCGAAUGGAUGUGGACCGACGGUACUUCGGUGCGCAUGGGGACCCCCACCUGGGGCGCCAACGGCCAGAGCCAGCAGCCGACGGGGGGCAGCAGCGAGAACUGCGUCGGCCUCGACAGCGACAACUUCUUCUUCUUCAACGACUUCCCUUGCACCACCGAAAUGUCUCUCAUCUGCGAGCUCAAGCUGUAAUGCGUGGUCCGUCGCCUGCUUUUAGUGUCAAAUUUUCAUCCUUGUUUUAGGUCUCCGAAGAUAACGGACUUCGACUUCCUUCAUUUCUUUCUUCAUUUAUAUCUGUCAAGGUAAUACUAUUCAACCCGAAAGCUGUACAUCUCUUAAAGAAAGAACAGAUACGUACAUUUCCAAUAUAAAAGGAAUUAUAAAGGGAAUCUGUAUAAGGCUUUAUAUUCCAGUAAAAUAUAUUCUAUACAGUUCUUGCAAAA